UCCGAUAACCUAGUGUUGGUACGGUAACUGAAAGAUUAGAUUGAGCAGAAGAUUAUUAGCAGGAGAAUAUAAAGGUGGUGCAGAGAGCGAGAGGGAAAAGGGAGCUCCCGCAUUGGCUCAGCUGCGCUCCCCUCCACUCCCCAUUUUUUUCCAGUGCUCUACCCAAAGCAAAGCAAAGGCAAGUUGCAGAAAAAAGAAGAUGGAAACGAUGCGUGGCCUCCAUUGUUAAAAUGUAUGUGCUGGUUGCUGUUCAUCAGUUUAAGUGUGUUUUACUUUAGGGAGGGGAAUAAUAUGCUAACUUGGAAACAACAAUAUUAAUUAGUUCGUAGGUAGACUUACUAGAUUGGUACGUAGCUGACAGUUUUCAAGACAAAAUUCAAAAACCUUAAAAACUGGAAUCCAUCAACUGAAAAUUUGCAUGUGCCAAUGAGCCAUUGACCGCCCCACGAAUGGGUAACACAAUCACAAUGCAUGCCUCCUUGAACCCCUCCACUCGACGAGUGGGUCAAAUCAACCCAAUAUUCACCCACCAUAAUCCGUGCUUCGGUUUUGGCGACAGUUUGGUUCAGACUUGAGAUCGUUAUUAUUAAUAUUAAGGUAGUAUGUGUGUUGUUAGUAUGUUUCUAUCUUCCAAUAUGUAUAGCAACAUUGAAUAUAAUAAUAUCUAUAUAUGUUCUCGUCAUGAUACAUUUUAAUACUCCAGUGAUAUAAUGAGAAUCAUCUACAAACUCAAUCUCUCUCUCUAAAUCCUUUUUAAAAUCUCAAGAAUUACGUGAACUACCAAAAUAUGAUUCCAUCUCACUUGUAAGCAAUAUUUCUUAUUGUUAACCGAUAAUAAGUGUGAAAGUGUUGCAAAUUGCUAUUUCAUUCAUCGUUUUAUACGAAUCGCUAUUCUGUUUUGUAGCGUUUUAAACAUGCUUAGACAAAAGACUUGACGACGUUGGAGCUAAGCAAAAGCCUCAAUAUUGCCCCAACCCGAACCGAAAUUGCAAACCCUGUCAGACGAAACUAAAAAAAGAUCAAACGAUUUGAAUAAAUUAUUAGAGUGUUAAAGUAGAUUCUAUCGAAAGGAGAGGUGGGGGGGAAAAUGUCAUUCGCUCUCCCUAUAUGUACAGCCACACAUUCACUCAUUACAUAUGUAGAAACAAAAACCAGAUCCUUCCACCAAUUAAUACACCCGAAAGCCUGCAACCAAAAAAAAAAGAUACAGAAACAAAACCCCAGUGCUGCCUUGCUGACCAUACAAUCAAAAUCCUUCCGUAUAAUCAACAACAACAAUGGCCGCGGCCUGGCUAUUUGCCACGGUUCUGGCCGUCGCCGUCGCUGCUGUGUGGAAGAUGUGGCGGCUGUUCCGGCAGGUGGUCUGGCGGCCGUACGUCGUCACCAAGAGGCUCCGACGAGAAGGCGUGCGGUGCCCGCCCUACUCCUUCGUUUCCGGGUCCAUGAAGGAAGUGAAGAGGCUGCAGGAGGAAGCCAGCCGGCUCGUCCUCCCGCCGCGCUCCAACGACAUCACUCGCAGGGUUCUUCCUCACUUCCACGCCUGGUCCAGGCAGUACGGGGAACCCUUUUUCUAUUGGGCCGGGACACAACCCCGGGUCUACAUAUCCGACCCGGAGCUGGCGAAAGAAAUACUGUCCAAGUUCGAGCUGUACGUGAAACCAGAGCCAAGGCACGCGGUGAAAAUGCUGGUAGGCGAAGGCGUGGCUCUAGCCAACGGAAUCGACUGGGUCAGGCGCCGGCGGAUCCUUAACCCGGCCUUCUCUGUAGACAAACUUAAGGUUAUGAUAAAGGCAAUUACCAAGUGCACAGAAUCCAUCCUACACGAAUGGAGAAAUCAGGCCAUGGCAGCCAAGAAUCAAGUCCUAACCCUAGAGAUGAACGAUGAAUUCCAGAAGCUAACUGCUGAUAUAAUUGCUCGCACCGCCUUCGGGAGCAGCUACGUGCAAGGAAAAGAAGCCUUCAUGGGCCAAAAACGGCUUCAGAAGUACUGUGCUGAUUCACUUCUGAGCGCCUUCGUCCCUGGCAGGUAUCUCCCAACUCCUUCCAACAUUCAGUUGUGGAAGCUUGACUGGAAGGUCAAGAACUCGCUGCGCAACAUCGUAAAGAGCAGGCUCGAGAGCUGCGAGUCUACGAGUUGCGACGACAAAUCGAGUUAUGGAGACGAUCUGCUCGGUCUGCUGAUGGCAUCCUCGGAGAAGAGCGGUAACAAAGGUGCCGGACCCAAGUUGGACUUGGAUGAGAUCAUAGAGGAAUGCAAGACGUUCUUCUUUGCCGGUCACGAGACCAGCUCCAAUUUGCUUACUUGGACAAUCUUCCUCCUCAGCAUUCAUCAGGACUGGCAAUCCAAAGUCAGAGACGAAGUGCAGAAGGAAUGUGCUGCGGGAAUACACACUGCGGACACCUUGACGCGGCUCAAACUGGUGAAUAUGGUUUUGAUGGAGGCACUGAGGCUCUACUGUCCAAUCCCAGAGCUGAUUAGGGAAGCCUCAGAGGACAUCGAGCUCGGGAACUUCAGCAUUCCAAAGGGAACUUGUGUGAUAAUUCCAAUCACAAAGAUCCACACCAGCAGGGAGUAUUGGGGAGAAGAUGCGCUCGAUUUCAACCCGCUGAGGUUCGCAGAUGGUGCUGCGAAAGCGGUGAAACACCACCACCACCCGAGCGCUUUCCUGCCUUUCGCGCUGGGACCUCGAACGUGCAUCGGCCAGAACUUCGCGAUGUUGGAAUCCAAGACGGUGCUGGCGCUCUUGCUUCAGAGCUUCUCGUUUACUCUGUCCGUUGAUUACAAACACACUCCAGUCAGCUACAUUAGUAUGCAGCCUCAGUUCGGACUUCCCGUUCUUCUGCAUCCUCUGUGCAUGUGACUCCUAUUAGUUUCUUGAACACACUUUGGGUUAUCUAUGUAAAUAAACUCAAUUCAUAAUGAUUUAUCAUUGGUUUCGUUAUAUCGAUUGUAUUUUGUUUGGAUCGAACAUUAUGCAUAUAAGCCUGAAUUAAUUCCUAAACGUUUCCUUGUCAGGUAUCGCUUAUAAGUAUGGUUGACACACAUGCAUAGAGUAUGUGAAAGACAACUAUCAUUGAUGGUUUGAUGUGACAAAUAUGCAUGGAGGCCGGUUAUGUGGUAUGUAUCUAACUAAAGUAUUGGACCGGACCGAACAUGAGGUGCGCGUGAGACAUGGAUACUAGAUACGCGGAAAGCCAUCAUGUGAUCUCACAAUGUUUCGGGUAUAUAAGAAUUUUUAGACUCGAGUUUAUAAAAAGUUACCUACACUGCACCGAAGUGUCCUACUUUGAUACUAUGCUUUAACGAGUGUUGGGUAGUCCUUGUGUAAAUGCACGAUUAGAUCGUGAAUUAGGUUCGAGAACUCCAACCAAACAAAGGCCCGUUCUAAGACAAACAACAGGCCCAAAUUCUAUUGAUUCUAGUGGGGCCUAGCCCCGAAAAUAGAAGCCACAGAAAUGGGCCGGCUUUGUGCAGACAAUUGGCCCCAAUUUUAACCAUUCAUCGUUGCUUCAUACGGGCCAUGAAUAAUGCAAGCCCAUACUCCUUUUCUCACGUCCACCGAACAAAGAAAGUGAAGGUUGGGCGAGUCAGUGAAGUGUUCAUCACCCAUCAGGGCCUAGUUGCUGGCCCAAAAUAAUGUAUUUGCAAGUACUUGAAAUAUUAAUAUUUGAAAUACAUAUAAUUUUAAUUUUUUAUUUGGAUACUCAUUUGUAAUUUGUCUGUAUUUUAAUUUUGAAUUUUCUGGACGUUUACUACAAAUUUGGUAAAUUAUACUUUGGUACUCGAAUUUGCUUUUACUUACAAUUUAAUAUCUAGACUUUUAAAAAAAUUUAAAAAGUCCAAAAUUUUGGUAGUAAAAUUAUAUUUUUGGUACCUUUAUAUGUUUUGCCUCACACUAUAGUACCUAAACUUUUAAAAUUUUAGAAACAUGUCCAUUCUUUUGUUAGGAUGAAUUUCAAGUCACUAGCUGUUGAAAUGUAUUUGAAGCUGACAAGUAAUACACUAUACAUGUAUUUGGAAAUCGCCCCAUGAAUUUGGAAAAAAUCCAAAUACCAAACGUAAUUCAUAUCAAAACAAAUGAUCCGAAAUUUAGAAAUCCAAAUCACAAAUACCAAAUCCAAAUCUUUCUAUCCAAACACACCCUAAGAGAAUUUAUCCCUUUAUAUUAUGGUACAAGUUGUACUAUAACAUAAAUGUACAAAUUUAGUUUGUACCAUAAAGGGAUUUGUAUAAAAGAGUGUAGGUACAACCUGAAGUUGUACCAUUACGUUAAAAGUAAAACUUUAAUUUGUACCAUAAAGGCAAAAAACUAAAGUGCCAAUGCUUUA